GAAGACAAGGAUUUAACACAAAAGUUAAGUUACGAAACAAACACUUUGGAUGAGAAGACAGUUCUUCUGGAAACUGAAGAAUUGUCAAAAACAAACGACAAGAAAAAGAAGAAACGAAAGACAAAAGAAUACGAUUCGUCUGAUUCUGAUUUGGAUAAUAAAAAGAAACGCAAGAAAAAGAGAUCGCGAAAGAAGUCUUCGAAGAGACGUAAGAGGAGGUCUUCUUCGAGUUCUAGUAGUUCUGAUUCUUCGGAUUCGAGUGAUUCUGACGAUCGAAAGAAGAGGAAAAGGAAACACAAAAAGAAAUCGAAGAAACAUAGAAAAGACUCGAAGAAAGUGUUGGAAACAAAAGAGAAGUCAAGAAUUGAGGAGAAAAAGAAAGCCAAAGAAGAGGACAUUGAAUUCGUAACUGUGUUCUCAGUCGGCGAAACACCCAUUGAACUAAAAUGGCCUAAAAAUAUGAUUAAAGUGACCGCUUGUGAGCCCAAACUUCAGUACAGCACUAAUCCUAAAGUUGCCAUUAAUUCAGACGAUUUCAAGCAAUCGAAAGAAAGAAAUAAAAUAAGUGAAGAAAUCGAGAAAAUACGACACUUUGGGACAAACAGUGAAAAUGGAUGUAAAAAUGAGAAGUUGUCGACAGAAUACGAGAAAUUUAUGGGAGAAUUGAAUCCGAGUCAUGAAAGUCAUUGCGUUACUGAAGAAUCUCGUGAUUUGGAAACAAAACUGAGAGAAAAAUUAGUCAAACAAAUGUACGACAAAAAAGAUGAAGACUUGGAUUUAAUGACAUCUUCAGAGCGCAGAGCCAUCGAAAAAAUGAAGAAAAAGGGUCACAAUUAUGAUGAAAAUGUUGACAAUAAAAAGCACGACGACUUGAAAUCUGCUCCAAUGAGUGCCUAUUAUUCAGCAAAAGUCCAAAAAAGUUCGCCAAUUCAUAGAAGCAAUGAAUCGGAAAAAUACGAAUCGAAAAGCAGUAAAACUAAUGAAUCGGAAAAUUAUCACAAAAUGAAUGAAAUUAGUCUAAACAUUAGCGAACAGCGCUCUCACAGCAGUCAUAGCUCUGAGAAAUCACAUUCAAAGGACAGAAGCCAUGAGGAGAAGAAGAGGACAACGACUGCUAAAGAACUGUUAGAACGCGUCAAACAGAAGAAGGACUCAAACAAAGAGUCUAAAGAUAGCGGCGAUAGAGACGAUUCUCAUCGCUCUAAACGUUUGCCACAAACGGCUAAAAUACCUCAUAAGAAGUGGCUCUCGAGGGCUAAGAGUUCGGUAACGACAGCGAACGCUGACUCAACACAACAAGCAUUUGUAUCGCAACCAAUGAAACUCGACAUGAAUUUUGAUUACAACUGGUAUUAUAAUUAUUAUAUGAACUCAAUGUACGGUUUGGGACAAUACCCGCAAGUGAACGACCCGUCACUGACGUCCGCCUAUUACGCGCAGUACUCAAUGGCCACCAGUUAUGACUACAGCCAAAACGAUGUGACCGAAUGGAUGGCACAACGAGGGCUUACUCUCGACUCAACCAAUGUUUUGCCCCAAAACGACGCCAAUACUGAUGAAAGUGCUGUCAAGAGUGAAGGUUUGCCCACAACUGUCGAAUCGUCUAAUCAAUUAGAUUCGACCCUCACUUCACAAAAACCGAUUGAAUCUAACGACCAAAGAGACGAUUCACAAGUGAUUGAUACGAAGGACAACACAAUCGAAACCGAUAGUAAACAACAGAUAGGAGUCGUAAUCUCGACCUCACAUUCAGACACUCCUUUCAAUUCUGAUUUAUUUUCUGAGUCUAAGAGCCAAACAGACUCAUCACUUCCUCCCAUACUUUCAGUCAAUUCGCAAGACAUGGAAAUGUCCGGCGAUAACAGUCCUUCUCCACCGCCCCCUCCGCCCCCGCGACCCCUCAUGACGACAAUGAUAUCGUCAGAACCGCUAACACUACCGAAUGGUGAGGUAUUGCCGGUCGGAACCAAACAGAUUGUUGUCCAUCCGUACCAAACGGAUGAUCCAAACAAAUUCACGGCCGACUGGUAUUACAGCGCUUUCAAUGCACAGAACAACUCACAGACAAACACUUCUUAAGACCAAUCACUCAAUCACUGGAACUUUCAUUUAAUUAAACAUUUAA